AUGUAUCACCCAGCAGCACCCCAAGACCAAAACAAUCCUCUUCAUCUUCCAAUCUACGAAUGCUGGUUCUGUGCAACACAGUGGAUUGGGUUUUCUGGCAUCCUCUUUCACCUUGAAGACGGUCGCUGCGUGAAGAAGGAUCGCAUCCGCACCCUCGCCUUCGAGUGUCCUGAGUAUGGGUUCUAUGGCAACCGUCUACGCGACGCGAAUCCAUUUUUCUGUUUCAAAUGUGGUGCUCAAUUUCCACAAAUUUCUCACCUCUUUCACCAUGUCGAGCAUACGCCUUCCUGCUCAUACUUGCUGAACAAUUCUGAGUGUCUCGGUGCUCUCCGUAACUUUUACAUUGAGUACUAUGAGUGCCCUGGCUCUGACUUUAUCCACUAUUAA